CAGUUCAGAGAGCAGGUAAGCAAGCAAGCAAGCUCAGAGACAGACAACACAGAGAGACGUUAGGCCCUUUCAACCAAUCGCAUGUACUGCUCCUUUGCCACUAACCCGUUCAUUCUCCCUCACUUUCUUUUUCCGUCUUCAAAAUCAAAUUUCAGUCCCACCCCCUUAACUCCGAGAAGGAGAGACAAAGGGACUAGAAGUACACCGAGAUAAACCCAACCAGAAUCUGAAUUCCCCCUUUUCUUCCAUCGCCACAUCAUCAAAUUGGGAUGACCCACUGGACAUCUGCCUUCUCAGAUGCUAGCACCGGCCCAUCGGCAAGCAAUUGAGAGCGAAGACGGAUACUAGUGGCUGUGGCUGGUGUUGUCCCACUUUCCUCUGCUUUGCUCGCCAACUGUUUGAAGAAUGGCCGAGCUGAAUCUUUGAAGAAUCCGGGCUUUUGGGGUAGCUGCAAAAGAUUGUUGCUUUUUCAUAUUUUGUGAAGGAUGGCCACUGUGGCGAAGAAGGGCAGCGGAGGAAUUGAGAAGAGGAGAGAUGGGUCUGACUCCGCUGCUGUCAGCAGUAGCAACUGUGGGGAGUUGAGCUCCGAGGGAAGACGGAGCACUGCUGGUGCUGGGCCGUGUGGUUCUCCUUCCUCUAAAGGUCCUUUGGGUUGGCCGAUAAAGAAAGCCGGAGAGAGGAAGAGCUUGUUGUCAUCCGGCGGUGCCAUUGGAGGAGACGAGGGAACUGGUACUUGGUUAGAGGAUUCGAAUUUACACAAGCUCAACUCGAGGAAUUCUGAUGCGGAUUUGAUGAAGGAGAGGUUCGCAAAAUUGUUGCUCGGAGAAGACAUGUCAGGUUCUGGGAGAGGGGUUUGCACAGCUAUGGCUAUCUCCAAUGCUAUUACCAAUCUCUGUGCUACUGUGUUUGGGCAACUGUGGAGGCUUGAGCCAAUCUCUCCUGAGAAGAAGUCAUUGUGGAGAAGGGAGAUCGAAUUGCUUCUCUGUGUUGCCAAUCACAUAGUAGAGUUAAUUCCUGCUUGGCAAACUUAUGCUGACGGCAGUAAGCUCGAGGUCAUGACUUGCAGACCCAGAUCAGACCUUUUCAUCAAUCUCCCAGCUCUAAGGAAGCUUGACAACAUGCUUCUUGAAGUGUUAGAUAGUUUCACCCACACGGAGUUCUGGUAUGUUGAUCAAGGGAUUGUAGCUUCAGAUGCGGAUGGCUCAGCUUCCUUUCGGAAAGCUAUUCAACGGCAAGAGGAGAAAUGGUGGCUACCGGUGCCACGAGUCCCUGCUGGAGGUCUAAGUGAAAACUCAAGAAAGCAGUUGAACCACACUCGUGAGUGCACAAAUCAGAUACUCAAAGCUGCCAUGGCGAUCAACGCCACUGCUUUAAUCGAAAUGGAUGUUCCUGACUCUUUCUUGGAAUCCCUUCCCAAGAAUGGGAGAGCUUGUCUUGGAGACUUCAUAUAUCGAUACAUAACUUCAGAUCAGUUCUAUGCUGAUUGCCUACUCGACUGCCUCGACCUUUCUUCCGAACAUGUCGCUUUGGACCUCGCGAACCGGGUUGAAUCUGCAGUUUAUGUAUGGCGACGAAGAGCUCAUCACCCGAAACCGCCCACACUCCAAAACCGGUCUACUACCAGGACGUCAUGGGAGAUGAUGAAGGACUUGAUGAUCGAUGGUGAUAACAAGAGGGAAAUAUUUGCAGAACGAGCAGAAAGCCUCUUGCUUUCGCUGAAGCAGCGGUUUCCCAAUCUAACUCAGACUACACUGGACACCAGCAAAAUCCAGUUCAACAAGGAUGUGGGGAAAUCCAUUCUUGAGAGCUACUCAAGAGUACUGGAGAGCUUGGCAUUCAACAUCGUCGCACGCAUCGACGACUUGCUAUAUGUCGAUGAUCUGACCAAAUGCUCGGACAACAAACUCUCAUCGGUAGCAACAGUCAGUGUGAUUGCACACAAGAAGAAGCUCUCAAUCCCAUUCUCUGUAGGCACUCCCUACAAAGCAAGUUUCAGCAGCACGCCCAGCUUCUCGCCUGCGGCUCCCCUGAUCAGCCCCGCAAGAGGGGAGAGAACUCCGUUCGUGAACACCACCAACACCAUCGCCGCCACUACCAACGUGAAUCGGAAUCUUCGCCGUGGUUUUGGUGUGAAGAGGGCGUUGACAAAUUAUCUGGGCGUUGACACGAAAUCGAAAGUCUGCGGCAUCCCAACAGACGCGUCGUCGUGCGUAGACCGGAGAUCCCACGAAAAGAACUCCAUGCCGCGCCAGAACGAGAACAAGCCUCUGCAGAAUGUUGUUCCAAAAUUUCGCCGAGGUUUUCAAAACCACAACCACCCCAAAUUAUUCGCUUCCAUUUCUCCGAUCUCCCUCUCUCUCGUCGUUCUCUCAACCAGCAAGCAAACCAUGGUGACCAGCAUCCAGAUAACGGCGCUGGACGGCAUCGUCAAUGUCAACUCCCUCUUCACCUUCGCCGUCUUCGUCGGCCUCGCCUGGAACCCGACCAGCCCGUCCGACACCCUAAUCGGCGACCCAGCUUGCACCGCCAGCCGCAGCGUCGGCGAGGAUCUCAUCUCAUUCCACGUCUACUCCUUCAGCUGCUUCCUCUUCUCCAGCUUGGUCGCCCUCGCCCUCAAGCAGGCCAUUCGGAUCUCCCGAACCCCCGGUUACUCCAUUACCCAGAACAACCCGCUCCAUCUCCCUGCGGAGUUCCUCGGCCAGGUCAACAAGAACAUCCUUCGGAUCGGAAUGCUCAUCUCCGGCAUCGGAUCUGCUUUGGGGUGCGUGUUUCUGAUGCUGGCUCUAGUCAACGUGGUUCAAGUCAAGCUCGGGACAUUGGGCUGUGGCAGCUACCACAGUUACGCCGCCGUUGUCCCGCUGGUGAUUUUUGUUCCCGUUGCUAUCUUGAUCUAUACUUCGCUCAUUGUCUACGCUUUCACUCGCUAGCAGCGGGCCGCUUUUGUAGUUAGAUUUCGUCAUUUUUCUGUUUUUUCCCCCGUUUUAGUUUCAGUGGGGAAAUAGAUCGAAUAGGUUGUGUGCAUUCCGCGGAAACAUGAAAGGAUGUGAAAUUGGAUUUGGGUUUGAUUUGAUGCUAUGUGUGGUUGGUUGGGGGCAAUUGAUAGAUGAUGUUAUUUUUGUGAGUAGAAGCUGUUUCGGAUUGCACUGACCGCCAUUGCUAGUUUAAUAGGAAUUUUUGCCGAAAGCAAAGCAAGCUUGUUCUAGAAUCCAUGGUGGAAAGCAGUAGGUAGCUCAACUAAACAAAAAAAGUUUAUUUUUUGCCACAUUCAUAGUAGUGCUAUCGCCACUAUGAUGCUUAUGGAGUUCAACGUGUAAGCACCUUGGCAGUUUUCAUUCCCUUCAGUCCCUCUAUAAAACCCUUCAACGAUCACAAGCUCAAACCGUGGAGCAAAGAAGUAGUAGUGUACUUGAGAGUGAAGAGAAAAAGGAAAUUAGCAAGAGAGGAGAAGAAAAAAGGAAAGAAAUAGCCAUGGCUGGCAUCUCAAUGAAGUCCUGCAUGUGCCUUGUUGUGUUUGCUGUGUUUCUUGGGAUAUCUGGGUUUGCUGCUGUGGAUGGAGCAGGGGAGUGUGGGAAAUCCACCACCCCUGACAGGGAAGCUUUCAAGCUGGCUCCUUGUGCGUCGGCUGCACAGGAUCAGAACGCUGCUGUUUCGAGCCAGUGCUGCGCUCAAGUGAAGAAGCUCGGCCAGAACCCGGCUUGCCUGUGUGCUGUGAUGCUCUCCAACACUGCGAAGAGCUCUGGCGUGAAGCCUGAGGUUGCCAUGGCCAUUCCCAAACGCUGCAACCUCGCUGACCGCCCUGUGGGUUACAAGUGUGGAGAUUACACAUUGCCUUGAAGUUAUGGAGCUGGAACUGUGGACUCUGUGGUGGCCUUUGUAUAAUGUUUUAUGUACUUAGUUGUGCUGAUGAACUGGAGUGUUACAGAGUUGUUGCUUGCUAGUUGAUCUAGCUCAAGCAUAUAUGUACUACUGCUGUGACAUCCAGAUCUAUCCCAAAUAAUGAAUAAUGAUUGGAUCAUAAGAAGUAAAAAUGUUUGCUUUGCUGCUGGUUUUGUGUAGUUUUAUCAUUUUUUGUUGAUUUUAACCCUCUGAAAGUGGGUUUCGAGUAAAUCCGUAACCUAACCGGAAAGACCAGAUCUGGCCUUUGAAUUUGUUGGCAGUUGCCAGCUUUCUGAUCUGGGGUAAUGCCAUUAGGA